AUGUUCAACCUGCGGAUAGAAACUCUCUUUGUCGCCUUCAUACCCAUAGUCAUUGUCGCGAAUUCCAUGCUGGGAUGCCACAUGCUGCUGCACAUUCAAAAGGCCGCUCGGCGUCACCAAUACAGGGCACGAGGCCGCACACAGCACCGAAACAGGCGAGCUUUCGUAAUUGACAGCAUGGUUAUCCCCAAGGCAGCACACGGGGAAGAAGAACAUCCAGAUUCUGCAUAUGAGCCAGACGAAGAAGCCCGGGACCUCUUCGACGCGCUGGAUGCCCCGACACCCAUACCGCUUCUACCAAUUCAUCGCCGCCCGCCGUCGGAUGUACUCUCGGACGGGUUUGACUCUCCGAUUUGCGAGACUCCGAGAGAGCUAGAGGAAGCGCACUACUUUAUGGCCAUCUAA